AUGAAGUAUGAAAUUAUAAACAAGGAGAUUGGAAAUCAAAAAUUAAUGAUGAAGAGAUAGCUUGGUGAGUAUGAGUCUAAGAUAAAGAAAUUAAUAAUAGAAAUUGAGGAAAAGUCUAAAAAGCACAUUAAAGAAUUAAAUGAACUGCAUGAACAAUACAUAGGAAAUAAGACUAAUGAAAUGGUAUUAAAGUAGAGGAUUAAGCAGUGUAAGAUGGUUUAGCAGACAGGAUAAUAAGGGUAAAGUGAGGCCAAGAAAGAAGUCCAUAGAUUAAGGCUUAAAAAUGAUGAGCUUCUAGAGAGAGUCAGGUUUCUAGGCUAAAGGUAUAACAUUCUUAUUCAUAGAAUGGGAUCAUCAUAUGAUGAUUUCGCUGCUAUCUAUGAUUUUAUGAGAUAAAGUUAUCUUUAUUACAACUAAGAGGAUGAUAAGACUGAUAGAUAAAUGAAGAAUCCUUCAAAGGGAAACAAAAUCAAUACUUAGACUGUGUUUUUUAAGCAAUCUAAGUACUACUGA